CAUGGAGUUAUAGUUGUAUCAGGUGGCGUAAUUUCCGAAGUACAAGUCCCUUUUUCCGGUGUCAUGGCGAUGCUGGCAGAGCCCCGCAGAAAGCAAAAGUGGUCUGUGGAUCCAAGAAAUAGCACCUGGAGUAAAGAUGAAUCCAAAUUUGGCCAAAAGAUGCUUGAAAAGAUGGGUUGGUCCAAGGGCAAGGGUCUCGGGGCGCAAGAACAAGGAUCCACAGAACACGUUAAGGUGCAAGUAAAGAACAACACUUUUGGCCUUGGAGCAAACACUAAUCAUGAGGAUAACUGGAUAGCUCACCAAGAUGAUUUUAAUCAGAUUCUAGCUGAACUGAACAAUUUCCAUGGAACUUCGGAGUCUGAGUCUCAAGCUGGAGAAGAAAAAAAAUCUUUCAGCUUGGAAGAGAAGUCCAAGACUUCCAGGAAACGAGUUCAUUAUAUGAAGUUUGCCAAAGGAAAGGACCUUUCAUGCCGCAGUGAUACUGAUCUUGCCUGUAUAUUUGGAAAACGUGACAAAAAGACGAAGAAGAAAAUUAUACAGGAGGAAUUGGAAGUUGACUCAGAGGAGAGUGAAGAACACAAACAAGAGACGCCUUCAAAUGACUCUGAACCUACAAACACCAUAACAAGCACAAUGUCAGUAAAUGAGUAUUUUGCCAUACGUAUGGCAGCGCUAAAGAAAUCCCAAACAAAAUAUGGGGAAACUGCCCCAGAAGAUACAAAUCCAGAUGAGAUUUCUCCGGAAGAAACAAAGCAGAAGUCCAAAAAGAAAAAACACAAGAAAAAAGACAGAGAUUUGUAUUCAAAUUGUUUAGAUGAACCUGAAACUGUUAAACAUCUAGAGAAUGAGGAUUCUAUAUGUAGCACUGAUUAUCAGGAAUCACAGAAGAGGUCAAAGAAAAAGCGAAAGAAUAAAGAAAUGAUUUCUGAGAACACUGAGAAUACAACGGAGGAUAAAGAGCCUUCUGAAACCUCUGAGUGUGAAACUGUACGUGAGAAACCCAAAAAGCGUAAAAAGAAAAGCAAAAGGGAAUAUGAGGAAAGUACUGACAACAAGGAGGCGCUGGAGGAGGAGGGUCCUAUGCUUACUGAGCAGUCUGGGAAAAAGAAAAAGAAGAAAAAGAAAAAUCAAUCAGAUUAAAAAAAGGCCUAACUAGUUUCCCUAAAUUGAGUAAAACCUCGGAACAUGGUCUUUUUUAUUCAUAAAUAUUUUCUUUUUUUAUUGGCUUAGCUUAUUAUUGAAUGAAUUAACAAAUUGGUAUAUUAUCACAUCUGAAAACUGUACAUUUAUAUAAAAAGUGUUUAUUUUCCCCAAUAGGUGCCAUAUGCAAGGCCAUAUCAGAGUCAAAUUUGUACAGAAAUCUUUGUGCCAUCCAAUAAAAAGCUCAAACAGUG